UGUGCGCGAGCUCCGUGUAGGGUUUUGUGUGCCGCGCGCGCGCGCCGCUGUGGCAACAAGCAAAGAAUCGAAAGUGCUGGAGUUGUUUCCAUCCAGCGGGAUCUGGGAACGGGUUAUUUUCACUUUUGAAAUGACUUGACGCUCUGAAAGGGAUGGGUGGACGGUGAACUUGCAGUCGGGGGCCAGUCUGACAGUUCAUGCUCAGAGAGAGAGAGAGAGAGAAAACUUGCUCCGUCUCUGUUUAGCUACAAUACACUGCUAUGAGAAUGCUGGUAACCGAGGACACUGCCACUAUGCCCGUGGAGAGAAUGCGUAUGCGACCGUGGCUGGAGGAACAGAUAAAUUCGUGUAAAAUACCAGGACUUAAAUGGGUUAACAGGGAAAAGAAAAUUUUUCAGAUUCCGUGGAUGCAUGCUGCACGGCAUGGUUGGGAUGUGGAGAAAGAUGCGCCUCUUUUUCGAAACUGGGCCAUACAUACAGGUAAAUACCAACCAGGGGUGGACAAGCCGGACCCCAAAACAUGGAAAGCAAACUUCCGCUGUGCUAUGAACUCCCUGCCUGACAUUGAGGAGGUGAAAGAUAAAAGCAUCAAAAAAGGAACAAACGCCUUUCGGGUUUACAAGAUGCUCUCACCAUCUGAAAGACAGUCAAAGAGAGGAAAGAAGAGACCAGAAAAAGACAUAAAGGUAAAGGAGGAGCAACAAUGCCCUGUUUCCUCUGCCUGGGAGAGUACCAAUGGCUCCACAAGGAGUACAGGACCACUAACAGUCAAACAGGAAGCAGAUCACACUGUCAGAGGAACAGAAGCUGGUAGCCACAGUCCCUCCGAAGACCAUCUGAUCAUCCCGGAUGUGUGUCAGACCAUUGAAGUGGUGACAGAGAACGAAGACCAGGCUGUGAGCUCCAGCCACUCUUACCCGCUCCAGAUCUCUCCAAUGUCCUCAUACGGAGAGAGCGACACUGACAGCAUUCAGAGCGAAGAAGACUCUAAGGAGCACAUGCGAGCACUUGUAUGGGCCUCUAAUCGUGUGGAGGCAAAGCCAGUCCUGGACAGCUCUGCGAUGCGGACGUCUUUACCCAGCAUGUCCACUUUCAUCACUCAGUCUAAGCCCAAUUUCAGGAUUACAACUAUCCAGGGCACUUCGUCUACUCCCUUUCAUGGCCCCUAUAACAGCGGGGGAUCAUGGAGCCUCUUGGCCCCGCCUCACCCUCCAUCACAACCUCUAGCACCUUCCAGCAAACCCCCUGUUCAUGAAAAACGGGCCAGUGUCAUCAUGAAAACCUCGGACAUAUCCAAAUCUGUAAAGACUUACUGAGGAAAACCACUAGUUCUUGAUCCUGACUUCGUUGAAGGCUGUACUGAACUUGAACACGGAGCAAAGAACCUCAGCAACUCUCUUGCCUCCUAUUGAUGAUCUCACAGCUAGCAAAACUGAUGAAGUUGAUGAUGAUUGUGAUGUCUGGUUCGCUGAAUAGCUCAUCUUAGCCGUGGGUGAGAUAAGACAUGAUACAGGGCAAAAUGCAGGAUUCAGUGCAGGUCCAGGCCUUAAAUUCAGGUAGCAGUCUAAUGCAGUGACAGAAGUCAACGCUGCCAUUGUGCCAUUGUUCCCAGCUCGUUUUGAAUGUGUAUACAGAAGAGAGCCAUAAUGUCUGAUCAGUGGCAUUGGCUUUAGCACCUUAUAGAAAAGCACUGAAUGAGAUUAUCUGUGGCCUUCUUUCUGUCUCUAUAGCACCACGAUUGUGGACAUACACUUCUCUGAAAGGAUUUGUUAGUUUGUGUCUCAUGUCCACCAAAGAAAGCACUUUCAAAGACCUUUUGUAUCUCAAAAUCUGACAGUCCCAUAUAUUAUUGUGUCUUAAGGGAUUUUUAAAAGGUAGAUAUUUACAUUUUCGCCCAGUAUAAUCAAUUUUGAUUCAUGGAUGUUUUUGUGAAUGACAAAAAUGGCACUUGUUUUGUUUUUUAGAAAAAAAAAAGAAACAUAUUUUUUGCUUUCUACUGUAUGUGUGAACAUAAAUGUACAUAUAAGCAAACUUAAUUAUAUCGUGCUGUGAAAAAAGCAUUUGCCCCUGAAGUGGAUUUCUGUAUUUCUGCAUAUUUUAGAGUAGAUGCUAAAAUCAGAAUAUAGUGUUUGAUGAAUAGAGCCCGAAGCCUUGUAACAAAUAGGGGUGUGGUUUGGACAUAAUAUACAAUUUUGAGUUACACCAGAAGAUAAGUUUGCAUAUUUCUGCGAAUACACCUCACCUUCGUCUCCAAGCAGCUAUGUAACACCUUGUCUUGAAUCAGAGCUUGGUGGGUUAAGGCCUUUGCACAGCCUGAAUAUCCCAAGGAAUAUUAUACACUACCGUUCAAAAGUUUGGGCUUUUACUCAAAUCUACUCAGGCCCUGUCCACACGGCAACGGAUUCAGGUGAAUCUGAUAAAAUUGUUUAUCGUUUCGGCCUGGCGUCCACACGGCACCGGCGUUUUGGGUGCCCUAAAACAAAAUCUUUUGAGAACGGGUUCCAGAGUGGAAAGAUCUGGCAACGGCGCCGUUGCGAAGUCGUCUGGAUGAAUAGAACGGAUUUGUUUACGAUGACGUCACAACCACAUGUGCUUCACGUCGGGUAGAAGUGUAACGAACUCGAUGCGAGUUGUCAACAAAUCCUAUAACUUGGUUCAUGAAACGCGCUUACAAAAUAUUUUCACUGUGAAUAUUUAUUGUGUAAUGGUGCAAAGUGAGAGACAGAGAGAGAGAGAGAGAAUAGCCCUUAGGGCAGAGUCAAUCCCGCCAGCAAAAAUAGGGAAAAAAAAGGAGCGAUCUCUCCUCUUCAGAUGUUGGUUUAAGUCCUACCAUACAUUCCUCAAAAAGGGCGUAGAAGAACAAAUUAAUCCAUCAACGUGUAGCAUUCAAUUUAUUCCGGACCAUUAAAGACGCCGCCUUCCGCGUAGAAUCAUACGUCAUCCUCGCCGCCAUAUUGGAUGGGUCAAAGCGGAGAAUAAAGAUGCCUCAUUCAUGUGCUGCGUUUAACUGUACCAACAGGUUUACCGUCCAAACGAGAUCACAUGGGAUUACCUUUCACAGGUGAGACUGGAAAAAUACUUUUCAUUGUAUUUGGUCAUUAUAACGUAAUUUUACGAACAGAUUUUUCUGACUUUGUGGCUAAUAUGAAGUCUCACGCAUAAUAGUUUAUGCGCAUGCAUCCUUACUUCUUCUAUUGUUGUGGUGUCUCCGAUGGGACCGUCUUACAGCGCACCUAGAGGUGUGGCAUGUGUAUUGCAUCGUUUUCAGCAAGCGUUGCGUUGCCAUAUGUACCUGAUAUUUUACUGAUCCAUUGCCCAUGUGGACGCGAUAUAUAUAUUUUUUUAAAUCUCAUUGCUGUUGUCGUGUGGAUGUAGCCUUAAUCUGCUCAAAGGAAGGUCAGUUUUAUAGCUUCUCUAAAGAGCUAAACUGUUUUCAGCUGUGCUAACAUGACUGUACAAGGGUUUUCUAAUCAUCCAUUAGCCUUCUGAGGCAAUGAGCAAACACAUUGUACCAUUAGAACACUGGAGUGAGAGUUGCUGGAAAUGGGCCUCUAUACACCUAUGGAGAUAUUGCACCAAAAACCAGACAUUUGCGGCUAGAAUAGUCAUUUACCACAUUAGCAAUGUAUAGAGUGGAUUUCUGAUUAGUUUAAAGUGAUCUUCAUUGAAAAGAACAGUGCUUUUCUUUCAAAAAUAAGGACAUUUCAAAGUGACCCCAAACUUUUGAACGGUAGUGUAUAUCCCCUUGAGUACUGACCAGUACUCUGUAGACAGUGGAGACACAGCUGGAGUCAGUCAGACCAGAGGUGUCAUAGCUUUCUCUAACCUCAUAAGAGUUCUUGGGAAACAGCGAGGCCAGGGAACACGUAAAGUGCUUGCGCACGGUAUGCUGGGUCUCAUCACCCCUCCAUCAGCCAGCCCGUUCUACGUGCUUGUGAUCAAUUGAACUUUAUGCGCACAUGGUUUCAAGUACAGAAAAAAAAAACCCACACACGUAUCCCAGGAAGCACGGUUCAGGUGUUCGACAUCAGCCAUUACCCCCUGGAUUGUCUCCAAACCCCUUCUUCACAAUGCAGGCUCAAGCCAAAACACAUCCUCACGUGCUACAACACACAAUGUUCUAUGUGCUAAAAGUAAUAGUGUCCUUGCUCAACAUCUGUUAAUCCUAUUUUCAGCCAUAAGAAGUGCAAACCGAUUCCUGUUAGGAUUUUCUAUGCGUCGGUGAAAUCGUAUGCACUUUCCUCCAUACUAAUAUGCAUCAGUGAUUUAGAUCACUGAUUUAGGACUAGGCCAGUCAUUAAUAUUAUUUUUCAUACUUCUUUUUUAUUUUGGAUUUACUUGUUAGUUAGUUAUGGCCAGGUUUUUGCCCGAACUGAUAAUCACGUCAUCAGUUUUUCUCUGGCUAAUCAGCCACAAGGUACGCCACCACUCUUGCCGGAGCAGCUGGGGGUUAGGCGCCUUGCUCAAGGGCAUGUGAGCCAGUCCUGCUGGUUCAGAGACUCAAACCAGCAAACUUUUAGUCCCAAAGCUGUUUCUCUAACCAUUUGGCCAUGGCUUCCCCCAAAGCAUUUACUUGUGAAAUAUUCAAAUGAAUAUCUACCUGUGUUUGGGUCAUUGCUUUUUCCAUUCCCGGACACAGCGUUCUACAUCGCACUCGGAGUUCUUACUUUCUCCAGAAAAAUUCAUCAGUGCUGACGAGGACAAGACUUUCUGUCCAUAGGUCACUUUUUCUCGAUAUAGUGCGAUUCAUCGAAGUACUUUUUGGGAAACUUGACACGUUUCAUUUCCAUUUGUGUCCAGCGUUUUUUGAUCACAUCACAGGGAGAUACGAGGAUCCGUUCACAUGGUUUUAUGGUAUUUAAUAAUUGUGAGGAUGUUUUUUUGCAAGACAGACACCCAGCUUUACUACUGUCCUAAAAUGUUCCUUACAGGCCUUCUGAUAGGGAACCACCACAUUAUCUGAUUGCUCGCAUUCUUAAAUAAACAUAAGCAGUUUCAUAUAAUCAUCUCAUAUAAUCCUCAUACAAAUUUUUUUCUUUAGUUUUAUUUUAUUUGUUUUAUUAUGGAGCACAUCGAAAAUUUCAUGGUGCUACGGUGUCAAACGAAAGCACAAACUUAGUGUGGAAAUGCAGAAAAUCAAACAGGUGGCAAAAACUUGUUCAUAUUACUGCCCUUGUCUGUGACUGUAUAUGGAAGUGUGUUCAUCUAACCAAAUGUGUGUCUAUACACAUUUAUGGGCUUCUCAAUCCUGUGGAUCAUUGAAUACCUAAUUAUAUGACAAGAUAAUGUUAUGUAAAAUAAGAAUUUCUUGUUAAUAAACAUAUAAAAAACA